UUCAUAUGAUUGCAUCUCAUUCCAGUGACUCUGUGACCAGUCCAUAUUACAUACAUCUUCACAUGGACACGCAUAACGUGGUUUGACGUUCCAAGCCUUAUUGCGUUUGAUUAUCAUUUUAUCGGUAUUCAUUCUAGUAAUUUGUCAGUUUGUCACUAUCAUACGACACGUUGCUAAAUAGUGAAAUAUUUGCCAAUUGUUGAACCGAUUUCAAACGUUUAACAGCUGUGAGAAAUUUUAAUAUUUCAACACUCUUGUCAGUUAUCCCCGCGAAGAUCAUAUUACGUGCUUUGUGGCUAACAGCCUGUAAAUAUGAACUUGUAACUAUAUACUGUGUUGGAAUGUUCAAAUAGAUCCUACAUUAUUUGUUAGUUCAUUGAUUUAUUCUACAUUAUUCAGUUUUGAGGUAUUUCAUUUAUUCACCAUGGAACAACCAGAUUUAAAUUAUUUAAAGAUGGUUAUACGAAGUAUUUUAACUAGCUCUCCAAAUAGAAUGACAAUCUCACAAAUAUUAAAUGAAUACAAUAAUUAUGAAGGUUGUAAUUUACCAUUUAAACAUCUAGGGUUCAAUACUAUUUACGAGUUACUAGAAAAUAUGACUGAUGUUUUAAAAAUACCGCCAAACCCGAAUUUUAACUCUUUCAUUACACUUAUUGUUGAUAAAAAGACGUCACACCUUAGAGAACUUGUCGUCAAUCAAAAAACUAAAAAGCAGCGUCCUAAAAGAAAUAUUUUUACUACAAGAACUAAUAAUAAUCACUUGCUGAAGUCUGCCAAUUUUAAAUCCCGUGUUAACAAUCACAAUAAUUAUAGAAAUGAGUAUACCAGUUCUAGAUAUGAAUAUAAUACUCCUAGAUAUGAAUCUAGCUCCUCUAGAUAUGAAUCAAGCACUCCAAGGAAUGAUAACAGUGCUCGUGGAUAUGAUCAUGUCAGAAUCAAAUCUUUUAACUCAAAAUCCAAUGGUAUUGUAACACCAAACCUCAAGAAUUGUAUAGAAAAUUUAUUUAGUACUACAGAAGUAAUAAGUAUUAAAACGUUAAAAUUUUUUUUAAUAAACCAUCCAGACUAUAAACAAUUGGGUACAAUUAAUAUUGAAGAAUCUAUAAACAUGCUAAAGUAUUUUAUCUAUAUCGAUAGAGGAGGAGUUCACCUUAAAGAUUCUUCAUUUGAAAUAUUUCCAUCUAAGACAUCUGGUACAAGAAAAUACUCAAAGCCAAUAUCUGGAAGUUAUCUGAAUAAUAUUGUUGAUGAAAAUGAGGAAUUGUCAUUUUGUGAACAAAAUAAUGAUAACUUUGAUGAAAUAGAUGAUUCGUGUUUUGAAAAUCUAAUUAUAUCUGAUUUAAAUGAUUCAGAGUCAAAGAAUAAUGACAUAGUUCCAACUCAAAAAAAUGUUGAAAAUAAAUUGGUGUCGUCAAAAGUUCAACCAUUUACUUCUAAAUCUUUUCAUCAUAAAAUUGUGCCCAAAAUAGAAUGCGAAGCAAAUAGUGAUAAGUUAAAUUAUACCAAAUCACAAAAGGAUGAUUAUAAAAGUGCCAUUGUUGCUAUUAUAGCAAGAUCUCAUGAACCAAUUACUGUCAAAAAAGUGUUAGCCAUAUUUGAAGACGAACAAGGUUACACCUUUCCAUUUCAAAAAUUUUCAUGUGGAACAUGUAUGGAUUUUUUUCGUCUGUAUCCAGACAUGUUUAAACUAGAAGAUCAAUGUUCCACCAACAGUAUUGUGAGUUUAGAAAAACAAAUUAUAUUGAAACCAAAAAUAACUAUUAGACGACAACUUAAUAAAACAUCCAUAUUUAACAAUGCAGCUAUUACCAGCAAAAUUUUAAAUCAGAGUAAGAUUGUGUCUGAACUUUUAUCAAACAAAGAUGACCAUCAAAAAAAUAAAGAACCUAUUAUUGAUGAAUCAUGCCAAGCACAUAGUAUAAAGUCAAUAGAUUUGUUUGAAAUGUAUGACGCUGAUACAAUAUUGGAUACGAUGAAAGUAAAAAUGCGUAGUAUUUUGAGUAAACACAAAGAUGGUAUAUUAUGUAAUGAUUUUAUGGAUAUUUAUGGUAAAGAAUACAACAGUCAUUUUAAUUUUUCUGAAUAUGGAUUUAAAAGUAUGAGAGAUAUGGCAUACAAGUUACCAUCUGUAUUUUAUGUUAAAGUAACUGAUGAUGAUCAUGAAUGUAUUCUAUUUGAAGCUGAUAGACGAAGUGAAUUUGAAAAUAUCAUAGACGAUCCAUCGCUGUAUUAUAAAAAUAUUCCGAAGACUAUAUUGUAUAAUCUUUCAAACUUCUUUGAUAAAUAUCGGACUGGUGUCAAAUUCAAUAAAUUGAUGUCUUUGUACUGUGCAGAAUAUGGCCGAGCUUAUGAACCACAAAAGUAUGGAUAUUCUUCUGAAAAACACAUGUUUGAAUCUUUAGACAAAAUGGUUGUAUUCAAAAAUGAUGAGCUGUUUACAGUAGAUCCUUUUGCAUAUACAAAAUGUUUUAAAAGUAAAGAUCAAAUAGAUAACUGUGAUAAAAAUACUAUUUUAUUACCGGAUCAUGAUUUUCUUUUACACUACUCUGGCAAAGAUAUUUGCAAUGGAAAGUUUAAGUAUUCUAAAGUUGAGUUGAAUGAUCAAAAGUAUAUAAAAGUCAUAGUUGCUGAAAUUUACAACCCAGGUUCAUUUUACAUUCAAUUAGCAGCAGAAGUUAAUAAUCUGAAUAGUUUCAUGGAUAGAUUGCAACUGUAUUACAAAGAUAAUGAAAAAAGUACAAAGUUAUACCAAAACUAAUUAUUCCAGAAUUGGCAUGUAUCUCAUGUUUUGAAGAUUCUAAUCUAUGGCACAGAGCUACAGUUUUAAAAAUAAUCGAUGAAGAAAAU